AUGUCCUACCGAGAGGAGGCCCAGGACAUGCUGGAGAAAUUAUAUAUCUCAGCUGGCUGGGGUUACCCAAAAGAGCUGAAGGAGACACCAAGUGUAGAGAUCCCGACUCAGCCUUCAGGAGAGCCACAAAUGAGCGGGCCAUCCACUUCAGCCUUUCAACAGGUUGACCAGACCUCUGCUUUUGUGCCUUUUAGUGGGACAGUAACUGGAGAACAGCUUAGAGCAAUACGCUGUCUACAAAAUCUAAAACGACAUCAUGAUCAGUGUGAGAAACGUUAUGAUGACGCUAAGAUGAAAAUAUUAGAGAGAGAAAGGCAGAGAACUUUGACUCUAUCCACCAGAAUGAAUGUUGGACAUGCUGAAGUUGAUGAUGGUGAAUUUCAUGAUGGAAACUACUCACGCUUUAAUGACCAGAUUUCUGAUCCCGAGUUUUCAGAUAACACAGAUUAUGAAGAUGUUGACUAUGUUCCAGACUCAAGUGACAACUCUUCAGACACAAGUGUUCAAAGUAAGGAACUGAGAGUGACAGACAAUUCUCCCAAAAAACUGUCUGACAUUUCAUUGGGGAUGGCUACAGCACACAGUGUGGAAAUCACUGGUUCUCAUAGUUCUUCAGUGAUAAGUUGCAGUGCCGAUUCAACAGAGAGCAUGUCGCACAAUAACAGCUCCGUAAAAGUCACAGCAUUGCCAAAAACAGGAAGGAAGAGCAAGUACAACAAGAAGCAAUAUUGUCUGUAUUGUAAAAAACCCAUUUCUAAAUUGGCAAGACACCUCGAAAGCGCACACGGUAACCAGCCUGAUGUAACAAUGGCUUUCAGUUUCGCUAAAGGUUCCCACAACAGAAGAGAGCUGUUACGGUGUCUUAAAAAGAGGGGAAACUUUGAACAUAAUGCUUCUGUGGCAGUCCAAGGUACUGGAGCAUUUGUUGCUUGUCGAAGACCCACUAUAGAAAAACAAUCUGAGGACUACCGUCAUUGCAAAUUUUGUCAAGGGCUAUAUGCAAGAGAAAGCCUUUGGAGACAUGUGAGAAGGUGCCCCCAGAAGCCUGUUGAAGGAGACUCUCUCACUGGACGAAAGCGGAUACAUCUUGACUUGCCAAAACCCAAUCAAGUUCAUGAAGCUGUUUGGAAGAUUGCUUGUGAAAUGAACCAGGAUGGCAUUUCCUUGGUUGUAAAAAGUGAAAGAGACAUUCUUUCCCUUGGUGAGUCACUGUACAACAGCAGGAAACCGCAUGAAAGAAGGAAUGAUUACAUUCGCCAGAAAAUGAGAGAGAUAGCAAGGCUGUUGAUAGAAGCUAGAGCUAAAACACCUCUGAAGAGGACAGAAGACCUUGUUAUGCCCAGCAACUUUCCUCACGUGAUACAAGCUGUCAGAGCUGUUGCUGGUUAUGACUUGAAAAGCAACUCAUAUAAAGUCCCAUCCUUGGCUCUAAAAUUGGGGCACAGUUUAGCCAAACUUGCAGGAAUUGUACAGUGCAGUGCUUUCAUUGCACAUCGCCAUGAUGUUGCCAAGUCAGCCGAGCAAUUUGCCACUCUGUAUCAGAAAAAAUGGGCAGAGUCAAUUUCAGCUGCUGCAUUGGGCACGCUUCAACAAGCCAAAUGGAAUAAACCCCAGCUUUUGCCAUUUACACAGGAUGUGUCGCUGCUGCACCAGUUUCUUGCUGCUGAGUGUGCUAAAUGCAUGAAGGAUGUGGAGGAAAAACCUAACAACACAAACUUUGGAAAUCUUGCUAAAGUAACUUUGACACAAGUAGUACUAUUUAACAGAAAACGGCAGGGGGAAGUUUCAAAAAUGGAGGUCCAGGCUUUUACAUCCCGGAAUUGCACAGAGCUGAACCCCGACAUUAUGAUGUGCCUCAAUGAGUUGGAGAGGAAGCUUGCAAAGUACUUUGAUAGAGUUGAGAUUCGUGGUAAAAGGUCAAGAAUGGUGCCUGUGCUUCUCACACCUGACAUGAUCAUAGCAAUGAACCUCCUCAUGGAAAACAGGAGUAAGUGUCAAGUCCCCACAGAGAAUGUAUACUUAUUUGCACGUCCAGGUGCACUUUCCCAUUACAGAGGCUCUGACUGCCUUCGCAAGUAUGCAAAGCAAUGUGGUGCAAAGAACCCAGAGGCACUCACGUCAACAAGAUUGCGGAAGCAAGUUGCCACUUUAUCCACAGUACUAAAUCUAAAAGAAAAUGAAAUGGAUCAGCUUGCUACCUUUCUUGGACACGAUGUCCGGAUCCACCGAGAGUUCUACCGGCUUCCAGAGAGUACCAUACAGCUGGCAAAAGUCAGUAAACUGUUGAUAGCAAUGGAAAAAGGGAAACUGUCUGACCUGCAGGGGAAAGGACUGGAUGACAUUGACAUACAUCCUGAUGAUAAGGUUGCCACGACUGACGACGAUUCUGAUGAAGAAACCAUUCCUGACCUGCAUCAGCAGAGAGGUUCAAGAACUGAGACUUCUGGGGACCCAAAGCACCUACCUGACUCAACCACAUUGAGCAACAUGGAGGCCACUUCAGAUUCAGUCAUGUUGGACCACUUGGAAGGCACGUCGACAAAAAGCAUCGUCAGCACUGAACCAACAGAUUCACAGCAGGACACAGCAAUUAUUGUGGGUACAUCUUUGAAAUGCUCCAAUGAAAAGCAAGCUGGGAAGGUGAGAAGCAAGUGGACAGAUGAUGAAGUGAAGGCUGUCGAACGGCAUAUGUUACAUUUCAUAACAAGGUGCAAGGUACCAGGUAAAAGGGACUGUGAUGCCUGCCUUCAGGCAGAACCAGUAGCUCUAAAAGACAGAGACUGGGCUGGAAUAAAAUACUACAUACACAACAGAAUCGUAGCAUUAAAAAGGAGGAUGAAUAAAUAGAACUAUAAACUCCUAAACUUGACUCUGGUGCAAUUUUAUCAGUGGUAGGAGAUUUUAUUUUCAUUCUCUGCUUUUGUAAGGUGCUCAGUUUUGUCAGUUCUUUAUUUAGUUGUUCAUGUAAUUUUAUUUAUCUUUUUUUUAAAAUAGCACAAUGUUCAAGAAACCUUAUUGUUUCAGUUUACUUUUGUUACCAGCAAUUAAAAAAAGGAAAAACUCAAGAAAGUCAGUUUUUUUGUUUUUUUUUCCUCCCUUUCCACAUGAAUGCCAUCUACAACAUUCAUAAAUGCCGUACAAUAACGAUUAAACAAUAGACUUACCAUAUUCUUAGACUAUGUCUCUUUUAAGUCCCAGAACAGCUCAGAUUUACUAUCUUCUAAUAACAAAUAUCUGAUUUAUUUCAAAUGUUACUUGACUGGCGAGUGUGAUGAAUAUACAGCUAUGCUUCUUAUGCAGAUAUUUCAAACAGGCCAUCUUGCAAAUACUGACACUGUAGUUAUCUGGUCUCCAUAAGUCACGUAUACUCGAAAAAAUUGUGUGUAUCUCUGGGUCUUACAAUUCACUUAGACAUGAAAUAACUGUGUGAGAGGUUAUAGUCCUCAUAAGUCACAUAAACCUGACAAUGUCCCCAUAAGUCGCAUAAAAAUCAGGUUUGACCAAAAUAUGGCUUUAGCUAAAAUCUAAAUAGAUGACUGCUUUCCUGAGAGCAUGGGUCAAAAACCAUUUGAUUCUCAGGCCUCUAGAACCUUUGGAAAGGCACGUUCCCAUUUGUCCUAUUUUUGUCAUACGUCCUUAUAUUUCACGAAAACACGUAUGUGUGUGUGUGUGUGUGUGUGUGUGUGUGU